CUAAAAGCGUUAAUGGAGAAGACGGGCUGGGAGUAUCGGCUUCCUACAAAACCCGAUGCAAAGUAUUUAAAAUACAUGAAAAGAUUGUACACUAUGUCCGCUACACAGGAUGGGAUCCCCAAAAGACCGGCAGAGCACCGAUAUAAUACCGUGAGGUUAUUAACACCGCGGAUCGAACCCCGUGCUACGGAAGUAUUUAAACAGAAUGUAUUUUAUGGUUUGGAUCCUGUGACUUCUCAAGAGCAAUUACUACGAUCUGUGCUCCUGUACUCUGUCGAUAAAUCGGCGUAUUUUACGAUAUUGUGCAAGUGCAACCUCACGGUCCAGAACUCCAGCCCGCUUUCGGCUCAGACCUACUCCAUACUCCGUUCACACAGCUUCCGUGUACGUCUUGAACGUCAGAAGAGGCGCAAGUGGGUGGAGGUGGACCUGGCCUCUUUUCUGCAGCCGUUCCUCGACUCUCAGCAGGGGGACCUUCACAUGGUAUUCACCUACAAGUGCGCCAAAACCGACCAAAGACCGGGGAAGGUGGCGGGGGGCCGGGGCGUUUCUGCCGGCCUGCUCAGACCAAGUCUCCUGGCCCCAUCCCUGCUCCUCUUUCUUAACGACACGCGUGAACAGGCUCAUCAGAGUUGGCUCCCGGUGGGACUCAGCACCCGAGCCAAACUAGGCAGAAUAGCGAGACUGAGAACAAGACAGACAGUCGUGGGGGUCAGGUCCGUUCGUCGACGCAGAGGUCCUGAACGUGAUGGGUUAGGCGGUGCGCGGGCGGUUUCCAUUGAUUUGCCGAAGGCUGGACGUUUUCCCCACUUUCAGUAUCCUGCUCAUGAAUGUCAGCUGCAUGAUUUCCGACUGUCUUUCAGCCAGCUCCGAUGGGACCGCUGGAUUAUAGCCCCGCACAACUACAAUCCUCGUUACUGUAAGGGCAGCUGCCCAAGGGCACUGAGCCAUCGCUAUGGUUCCCCCGUUCACACGUUGAUUCAGAACAUCCUCUACGAAAAAGUGGAUUCGUCAAUCCCUCGCCCUUCCUGUGUUCCUUCGAAAUAUAAUCCACUAAGCGUGCUAACUCUGGAAAACGAUGGCUCCAUAGUUUACAAGGAGUAUGAAGAUAUGAUCGCUACUACCUGUACCUGCCGCUAG